UUAUAGUUAAGAACAAAGAUGAUGUAUUUAGUUCAAUAUUAACGGCGUAAUUUCAGUAUUUUAGAAGAUAGUUCUUACACUUCCUGUCGGCUUCUGAAACUUCCGGUUCAAGGAAAAGUGUGAAGUCAUUCUGUUCGAUUUUCUCAUCAAAAACCUCAUCAAAACACAUAUUUGAAAGAAAUAGUCAUGCCAGAACCAGUUGAGAAACCUGCCCCACAACCCCAACCACAGAAAAAGAAUGUGACCAAGGUGGUUGUACAUCCACUUGUGCUUCUAAGCGUCGUUGAUCAUUUCAAUCGGAUGGGAAAAGUUGGAAACAUGAAAAGAGUUGUUGGCGUUUUGCUGGGUUCAAACAGACAAGGCGUGCUUGAUGUCUCCAAUAGUUUUGCUGUUCCUUUUGAUGAAGACGACAAGGAUAAGUCCGUCUGGUUCUUAGAUCAUGACUAUUUGGAGAAUAUGGCUACUAUGUUCAAGAAAGUUAAUGCCAAGGAGAGAAUUGUUGGUUGGUACCACACUGGACCUAAACUGCACAAGAACGAUGUUGUCAUCAAUGAGUUGAUCCGAAGAUACUGCCCAAACUCUAUGCUUGUCAUCAUUGAUGCCAAACCAAAGGACCUCGGUUUGCCUACCGAGGCCUAUAUUGCCGUGGAGGAAAUCCAUGAUGAUGGAACUCCCACCACUAAAACCUUUGAACACGUCCCAAGUGAGAUUGGAGCAGAGGAGGCUGAAGAAGUCGGCGUUGAACACUUACUCAGGGAUAUCAAAGACACAACAGUGGGUACCCUGUCACAGCGCAUCACCAACCAACUCCAAGGCCUGAAAGGACUACACAGCCAGCUGCAGGACAUCCACAGCUACCUUGAGAAAGUCGCACAAGGAAAACUCCCGGUGAAUCACCAGAUCAUUUAUCAUCUCCAGGACGUGUUCAACUUGUUACCAGACGUAAAUCUGCAGUCGUUUGUCAAAGCUGUGUACGUCAAAACAAACGACCAGAUGUUGGUGGUGUAUCUUGCGUCGUUGAUUCGUUCCGUGAUUGCGUUACAUAAUCUCAUUAAUAACAAAAUCCAGAAUCGGGACACUGAGAAAAACGAGGGCAAAGAUAAGAAAACCGAGGAUAAGGAUAAGAAAGAUAAAGACAGUAAGGAUAAAAAGGAUGCAAAGGCUGCUGGAGACAAGGAGGAGAAGUCAAAGGAUACUAAAGAGAAGAAAGAAGCUGCCAAAAAGUGAUAACAACUAACUGUAUGUUUGGUAAUUUGAUUUUGAAAAGUGAUGUUCUGAGCUAUUUACAUUCACUCCACAAACUUUGUUUGAGAAAUGUACAUGGAAAUGUUCACAUUUGUGACAUGGACCGACAUUUUGACUUUCCGCAACAGUUUAGUGGUGGCUCUUUCAAAAUUGUUCGUUUGGUUGAGACAUCUGGAGACAAUAUCUAAGAUUUUCUUUGCUGUCGGUUAGAUAUGAUGAACAAAAAUUUUUGUAAAUAAAGGAUGAAAUAUA